AUGUCGCUGCAAAGGGUCCGGAUAGCGAUGCUCAACGCAGAUAUUCCCGUCCCAAGUGUGCGUGCCAAACUAGUCUCAUAUGGCGAUAUAUUCCACAACCUUCUAAGCACUGCUGUCGGUAGAAUCGCACGUAAUUUUGAGAUUGAAUCAACCAACUUCGAUAUUGUCCAGGGCGAAUACCCUUCCCUGCCUGGAAUCGACGUCAUCCUUAUCACCGGCUCAGCAGCCUCGGCUUACGACGACGUGGAAUGGAUACAUCGACUCGAAAAUUACAUCUUAGAUCUAUUUCAAAACUCUCCGCAGAUUAAGAUAUUUGGAGCUGCUUCAGCCAUCAGAGUCCGUGAGAUAGUGGUUACGGAUGAGUUCUGGGUGAGACUGAGAGGGAGAAGAAAUAGGAUUUCUGCUCGAGAACAGAAGCUUCGACUGCAGUUUGUGCAUGCCGACCAUGGAUUAUAUCAGCCCAGCCGGGUGCUCACAUUUCAAUGCUAUUUUGAGUUUAAACGAUUCGUGAAUACGGAGACGUUGAGAAUCUUCGAUAAUGAUGCUGAACAUGCCGGCGAGAUGGUUCUCCGCUUUCUAUUGGGGAAUAAGGAUGGAGAAGGUCGUAUAUCAUGUGGUGCAGGGGGAUUGCUAACGCCGCCCUUGGAGGAAUGA